ACCAGCGGAGCUACCUUUGGCAUAAAAUAGCCGGGGCAUCGCAUCCUCCCGAACUUCAUCGCCAACAACCCACGCCUCGCCGGAUCCCAGACGUGAGUGGCCUCACGCCACCGGGGAAUCCGCCGUCGCCAUGUCUGUCAUUCUGUGCACAGCGGGCUACGAUCACACCAUCAGGUUCUGGGAGGCGCUCUCGGGAAUAUGCUCUCGCACGAUCCAGCACCCGGACUCGCAGGUCAACCGCCUGUGCAUCUCGCCAGACAAGCGAUAUCUCGCCGCGGCGGGCCACCACACCGUCAAGCUCUACGACAUCAAGUCGACGAACCCGAACCCGCUCCUGACCUUUGAGGGCCACACGGGCAAUAUCACGGGCGUCGCGUUCCAUUGCGAGGGCAAGUGGAUGGUGACGAGCUCCGAGGACGGCACCGUCAAGAUCUGGGAGACGCGCACGGGCUCGAUUCAGCGCAGCUACAACCACGCCUACCCGGUGAAUGAUGUCGUGAUCCACCCGAAUCAGGGCGAAAUCAUCAGCUGCGACCGGUCCGGCAGCGUGCGCAUCUGGGACUUGGCGGAGAAUACGUGUGCACACGACCUUCAACCCGAGGAAGACGUUCCUGUGUCGAGCGUGACCGUGGCGAGCGAUGGCACGCUCCUCUGCGCCGCAACUACCACUGGAAACGUGUUUGUGUGGACGCUGCGGCAGACACUCGUGGGCACCGAGAUCUUGCCGGUGACGCACUUUAACGCGCACAAAGAGUACAUUACGAGGAUUCUCCUAUCGCCCGAUGUGAAGAAGCUGGCGACGUGUAGCGCGGAUCACACGGCCAAGAUCUGGGAGGUCAAGGACGCGAAGCCGCGGCCCGGCCCGGAGCAGGAGCCAAAGCCGUUCCCGCUCGAGGCGACGCUGACGGGCCAUCAGCGAUGGGUCUGGGACUGCGCCUUCAGCGCCGAUUCUGCAUACCUGGUGACGGCCUGCUCGGACCACUACGCCCGCCUGUGGGAGGUACACAGCCAACAGAUCAUCCGCCAGUACAACGGCCACCACCGCGGGGCGGUUUGCGUGGCGCUGAACGACUACUCGGAGACGAGAUGAUAGCAUCAUGGAGGGGCGUUAAUGGUCACAGACGGGGGAGUGACACUCGGAUUAAUACCUGCAGGUGGGACCCUCGGACUUCCUUGACUGCUCUCCUUAUCGAAGGUUGCACACGGCAGCUGAGACGUUUGUGAUACCAGGACGGGCAAAUGCCCGAUUGAAGCGCCGGGUUGAUGUUAGGGCGGGUGUACUUAUAUCGGGCCACGCCCCGCCAAGGCGCUCGGAGUUGAAGGACUGUCGCACGGGUAUCUGCUCUAGGGACAAUGAAAACGUUGCUACUUUUUCCUACUCUUGCAGGCGUGAUGGGCCGUUGACAGCUUUGCCCUGAGGACGUGGCUGACAAGGUGACAGGCCAGUCAACGCCAAAGCAAGGGAUGCCACCGGUAGGGCUGGCUGAAGCUAAGGUUUCCGAGCGGCGGGCAACAGCCGACGGGCUGGAUGUCGAGAGGCGGGCUGGCGCGUGUCGCUGUCAUGUUGCCACGCGAGGUGGAGGGGUAUGGGGAGGGAAGAAAAGGGACCCGGGGGGGUGUAUCGCCUUUUAUCGUAUGGAAGCUGUUCCGUUGGCAUCCGAUGGUUCCUGGAUGUCUUGCUUGCAUCUGGUGAGGCUCGGUUUGGCUUGGGCUUCAGCUGCGGAUGCCUGUAUAAGUGCCUUGCAGCGGCGAUGCCAGAGACAGACCGUUGUUUGGCGUGAUACAAAGCUCGGGCUGGACAAUACGUAUGUGUACUACUAGGUGACUCAUUUUGAUCCUCCGAGGGUGGAAGGGGGAGCCCAGCACCGAGGAUGAGACGGGAAGCGAGUCGAUGAUGGUCGUCUUGUCAACGUUCGAGGCCGCCGGGCGGGCCGCAGUGUCUCAGGUUCCCAUUAUAGGACGGG